CAUUUUCAUUUAUGAAAAAGGAACUCUCUUUAUUUCUCAACUUUCUCUCUCUAAAAACUCCCAAACCAAAAAAACGAAGCUCCUCGAAGCUGAGUCCACUCGGCGCAACGUUUCCGUUUGAAUCGUUUUGAAUUUUCCGUUGUUACUGUUAUUUACUCUGAAUUUUUACGUGGAUAUAUAUAAUUGAAUCGGUUCUUCAUUGUGAUCUUUAAUUGAAUUCACCGUUCCUAUCUUCUCUGUGGUGCGUUUCGUACAGUACGACGUCGUUGCCUUGCCUUCAUCGCCGUCGUACUAAGGGUUUGAUCGGUUUCUGCGACGUCGUGUUUCCCAGAGAUGGCUGCCGGAGUGGAGUUGCCGGAGGGGAGAGUCGUCGGCGGCGGAGGAAUUGCGAUGGAAUUUCCGACCGGUGAUGAAGAUUCUUUCUCGUCGCCGACGAGGUUGCCGAAGAGGCUGAGACGAAGGCUCCUAGACACGGAGUGCAAGUCUCCGAGCACGGUGGAGGAAAUCGAAGCCAAGCUUCGCGACGCUGAUCUCCGUAGACAGAAAUACUAUGAGAAGCUCUCAAGCAAGGCACGUGCAAAGCCAAGAAGCCCCUCACGGUGUUCAUCUCAGGAUGAAGAUCUUGGUCAACGACUGGAAGCAAAGCUGCAGGCUGCUGAACAGAAGAGGUUGAGCAUUUUGACAAAGGCCCAAAUGCGCCUAGCAAGGCUAGAUGAAUUACGCCAAGCAGCAAAAACUGGAGUUAAAAUCCGCUAUGAGAGUGAACGCGCUAAACUUGGGACAAAAGUUGAAUCACGCUCACAGACAGAGAAGGGCGUCUCUUAGAGAAAGAUCUUCUCAGUCAUUGAUGAGAAGGAUGGCUAGAGAGAACAAAUAUAAGGAGUGUGUGCGUGCAGCAAUUCACCAAAAACGAGCUGCUGCUGAAACAAAACGACUUGGAUUGUUGGAAGCUGAGAAGAAAAAAGCACAUGCUCGAGUCUCUCAGGUUAGACAUGUGGCGAAGUCUGUAUCCCACCAGCGUGAGAUUGAGAGAAGGAAAAAGAAGGAUGAAUUGGAAAAUCGAUUACAAAGGGCAAGAAAACAAAGAGCUGAAUUUCUCAGGCAUAGGGGAAGGGGUUAUGGACGAGAGAACUGGGGUAGAAUGCCACAACAAGCAGAAUAUCUUUCCAAAAAACUAGCAAGGUGCUGGAGGAGGUUCCUGGGACAGAAGAGAACAACCUUUGCCCUGGCAACAGCUUAUGACUCAUUGGGGAUCAAUGAGAAAUCUGUCAAGUCAAUGCCUUUUGAACAGCUUGCUCUUCUGAUUGAAUCAUCUUCUACGCUUCAAACUGUCAAAACUUUACUUGAUCGGAUUGAAAGCCGCCUCAGAGUGUCCACAAUGGUUUCUCCUGUGAAUCGUUUUUUGAGCUUGGAUAACAUUGAUCACCUUCUCAAGCGUGUUGCUACCCCUAAGAAAAGGCCUACACCCAGGAGUUCUGUGAGAAACAGGGAGGCAAAGAAAAUAGAUUCAGUCAAGGAGUCGAACAAGAGUUUAACUAGGUUAUCAAGGUAUCCAGUGAGAAUUGUUCUUUGUGCUUACAUGAUAUUGGGUCAUCCAGAUGCUGUCUUCAGUGGAAUGGGAGAACGUGAGAUUGCAUUGGCCAAGUCUGCACAAGAGUUCAUUCGGAAGUUUGAGGUGCUGGUUAAGAUUAUACUAGAUGGACCAAUACAGAGUUCUGAUGAAGAGACUGACACAGCAGUUGUAAAGCGCUGCACCUUCCGAUCUCAGCUUGCUUCUUUUGAUAAAGCAUGGUGCUCGUACUUGAAUUGUUUUGUCGUCUGGAAGGUUAGGGAUGCUCAAUCACUUGAGGAGGAUUUGGUAAGAGCUGCAUGCCAGCUUGAGGCUUCUAUGAUUCAAACUUGUAAGUUAACGUCAGAUGGUGAUGGUGUGCAACUUAGCCAUGAUAUGAGAGCUGUUCGGCAUCAGGUCACUGAAGAUCAAAAGCUGUUGAGAGAAAAGGUGCAGCACCUGAGUGGAGAUGCUGGGGUUGAACGUAUGGAAUCUGCAUUGUCUCAAACACGAUCUAGAUACUUCAGAGUGAAAGCCAACGGAAGACAAGUGAGGUCCGGAAUAACUCCACCAACAUCUCAAAGCCCAACACCUCUUUCUACUGUCGCUAGCUCAAGUGAAAGAAAUACUUCAGAUGUGGGAAAUAACAGGCAUAGCCGAGUAGUUCGCUCUCUUUUCAAGGAGAGUGACACAUCCCUUGGAGGGGCAAGCUUCUCAGCACCUAGAACCAAUUCAGUCAGUCAGAUGGACUCUCUGUCAUCUGCAAUGUCAAUAACAGAGAAUGAAAUUAUUGUAAAUGAAUUUCUUCAUGAGAGUCACCGUAGCUUUGCUGAUGGCUUUGACGUCUCUGAUCACAUUCAGAAUAACAUUGAGGGGAAAAUAAAAGAGACAAUGGAGAAGGCCUUUUGGGAUGGUAUCAUGGAGUCUGUUAAGCAGGAAGAGCCCAAUUAUGAUCAGAUUGUGCAGCUUGUGGGAGAGGUUAGGGAUGAGAUUUGUGACAUUGCUCCACAAAGCUGGAAGGAAGAUAUUUUUGCAGCAAUUGAUUUAGAAAUUCUUUCUCAGGUGCUUACAUCAGGUAACCUGGAUAUUGAUUACCUUGGACAAAUCCUCGAGUUUUCGCUAUCCAACUUACGAAAGCUCUCGUCUCCAGCCAAUGAGGAGAUAAUGAAGGCUACACACCAGAAAUUAUUUUCUGAGUUGAGAGAAAUAUGUCAAUCAAGGGAUGAGGCAAACAAUUGUGUUAUAGCCUUGAUCAAGGGUUUGCGAUUUGUCCUUGAACAGAUUCAGAUUCUUAAGAAAGAGAUAAGCAAAGCACGUAUAAAACUGAUGGAGCCUUUGAUUAAGGGGCCUGCUGGUCUGGACUACCUUAGAAAUGCCUUCAGUAACAAAUAUGGAUCUCCAUCUGUAGCCAAUACCUCUUUGCCAUCAACAGUUAGAUGGCUUUCAUCUGUCUGGAAUUGCAAAGAUCGGGAGUGGGAUGAACAUGUGGGUUUCUGUUCAGCGUUGGGUGAUAAUUCUUCCCAAGAAUGUCUUCCUCCCACUACACUCAGAACUGGGGGAAAUGUUAUGCUUAAAACAACUGGUAGUCAAACGGUAUCCUCUCCUGAUGUUAAUGCUACAGGUAACCAGCUGCCUGAAUGCCAAGGAGAACCAGUUGAUCUAGUUGUGAAGCUUGGUUUGCUAAAAUUAGUUAGCGGAAUAUCUGGUUUGAAACAAGAUGAUCUACCGGAGACCUUAUCUCUUAACUUGUCGAGGCUGAGAUCCGUUCAGGCUCAAAUUCAGAAGAUUAUUGUGAUAUCUACAAGCAUUCUUAUAUGUCGCCAGAUUCUCCUGAGUGAAAAAGCAGUAUCUAGCUCUACAGAUAUGGAGAACAUUGUAACUAAAUGUGCUGAAAGACUUGUUGACCUCGUCGACAGCGUUGAGGAUGCUGAUGUUAAAGAUCUUGUAGAAGUGAUAUGCAACUUGGGCACAGGUGAGGAAGAUGCUGGAAAACUUGAGUCAAGGAAGGUGGUUGCUGGGAGGAUGCUAGGCAAGAGCCUCCAAGCUGGGGAUCCUGUGUUUGAGAGGGUGUUCAAUGCUGUCUAUUCAGCACUGCGUGGUACUGUGCUUGGCGGAAGCGGACCAUGCGGCAGAAAAUUAGCAGAGCUGGCCCUCCUCAAGGUUGGGGCUUGUGUUCUGACUGACAAAGUAGUGGAAGCUGCCGGUGUUUUGAUUGUGGCAGCCAACAUAUCAGUUAGUGUUCAUGGACCUUGGUACAAGCAUUUGACUGAUAGCAUGUGAAUGUAAUUUAAGUACAAAAAUAACACUGAUAGCAUGUGAAUGUAAUUUAAGUACAAAAAUAACACUAAUAAUAAUUAGACACACAUUUGUGUAUAUAUCAGUGUGUUAAAAGUUGUCAGCUGCAUGACCGGGAAAAGAAAAAUGUUGUCAGCUGUUUAUCCUAGGUUGCUGUAAAGAUAAGUGAUUGUUUGUAGUGAAUUCUUUUGAAUGUAACGAACAGAUAUGUAAAUAGGUAUGUAUCCAUGGUCUAGAUUUUAAUUACUGGUAUUUGUUGAUUUCGGAA